UCAAAACCACGCUUUGUUUGGGUAAAUACUUGCCUAUUAUUUUAGUACCUACCUAAAUAAAUUAUCAAAAUGGCUCAAGGUAAAAUGAAAGUCAAAAGUAAGUUGCCUUCGGGUGCCAAAAACAAAACAAAAAAAAACAAAGGAAAAGCCGUAACUAAAAGAAGCAACGCCCCAGUCCGUAGUAAGACUCAAGCAGUAGAGAAGAACAAGAUGAAGGCUACUGUAACGAAGAUGGUCAAUAAAGCUGCUGAGCAGCAAUUGCGGUCAUUGGCGAAGGACACUCCGCAGCUGUCUGCAGCUCAGCAGAGAGUAGCCGCUGCUCCAACAGCGCCCGUGCCUUCAAAAUAACCAUAUAACCUAAAAUUAUUUUGGCUGUGAAGUGAGGUGUCUCUUUUGCGUUGUUUUUAUAUAAAUUAAAGUGCAAUUUUUUUCAAGUAUGUAUAAGUUGCUUUAUAUUAUCAAGAUUUAAUGAGGAAAUAUUGUUUAUAUGUAAUGAUAUUUAUAAGCUUAAAUAACGAUUUUUAAGCAAAUAAUGUGACAUGGACAUAUGUAUCCUUUUUAAAGAAACACAUACUUCUACUAUAAUAAUUGUAAGUUAUAAAUAUAGGUAAUAUGUACUUUUAAAAAU